UAAAAACUGUAAUACAAAAAAAUGCUGACUUGAAACCAUGACUAUGAUAAUAAAUUCUAAUCGACUGUACACAGUUUAUUAUAAUAGCUUAGUUACAAUAACAAACGUGAGUUCGUUCUAAAAUAAUAUUGCAAUUAUGUCAAACAUUGAUAACCUAUUAAUCUGUAUAUUAUAUUUAGCAGAUACAGGAAAAUAUAUGUAAGGACGGUGACAUUCGUGUUGGAAUCAAUACCACUUAACGAACACUCUAAAAUGGAGCGUGUGUGCAAUAAACAAUACUGGUGCGAUGUAUGCGAAAAACUGUUCGCUCACAGAAAUAGUCUGACUAAUCACAAGCGGACGCACACGGGAGAGAAGCCAUACCCGUGUGAUGUAUGCGAUAAAUCGUUCAGAAGGAAUACCCACCUGACGGUUCACAAGCGGACGCACACGGGAGAGAAGCCAUAUCCGUGUGACGUAUGCGAUAAAUCGUUCGCUCAGAACGGUGCUUUGACAGUUCACAAACGAACGCACACGGGAGAGAAACCAUACCCGUGUGACGUAUGUGACAGAUGGUUCGUUAAAAGUAGUGACCUGACGGUUCACAAGCGGUCGCACACGGGAGAGAAGCCAUAUCCGUGCGACGUAUGUGACAGAUGGUUCGUUAAAAGUAGUGACCUGACGGUUCACAAGCGGUCGCACACGGGAGAGAAGCCAUAUCCGUGCGACGUAUGCGAUAAAUCGUUCGCUCAGAACAGUGCUUUAACAGUUCACAAACGAACGCACACGGGAGAGAAACCAUACCCGUGUGAUAUUUGUGACAGAUCGUUCAUUAGAAACAGUCACUUGACGGUUCAUAAGCGGACGCACACGGGAGAGAAGCCAUACCCGUGUGACGUAUGUGAUAAAUUGUUCGCUCAGAGCAGUACUUUGACAGUUCACAAACGAACGCACACGGGAGAGAAGCCAUACCCGUGUGACGUAUGUGACAGAUGGUUCGUUAGUAACAGUGAGUUGACAGUUCAUAAGCGGACACACACGAGAGAGAAACCAUACUCGUGUGGCAUAUGCGAUAAAUCCUUUGCUCAGAGCAAUAACUUAACGAAUCACAGGCGAUCACACACAGGAGAGAAGCUAUACCCGUGUACCAUGUGUGAUAAAUCUUUUUCUCAAAGUGGUAAUCUAACAGUACAUCAGAGGACGCACACAGUAGAGAAGCAAUAACCGUGCGGUAAAUGUUAAAAGUCGUUGCUUGUAUUCACAAUCUGACUAGACACCACCGAAUUCACCCGACCGAGAAGCCAGGAAAUACGUAAUAGAACCGCCGUCGAUAUUAAAUGAUAUUAAUGUUUGUUUGUUAUUCUUAUGUAGAAAUGUAUCAAUUAAAAAUUUCGAUUGGUUUUCCAAUUUUUGUUACCUUAAUACUUUUGGUUUUCAUUUGAAAUUUGGUACGCACGUUAUG